AUGAACAAUAAUCAAAGAAAGUGGGGUUCGAGACGAACAUUUAACCAUGAUCAAAAUCAUAAGUGGGCAUCCCUUCGUCCUCGAUAUGACUGGAAUGAUGCUUACGACAAUACUGUAGCUCCCAGAGAUCAUGAUUUAGAAAACGACCUGUUUGGUGAAGAAAACCACAUUCACACAGGAAUAAACUUUGCCAAAUAUGCAAAAAUUAAGGUCAUUGUUAGACCCGAAUGUAUAGCUCCAAUAUCCUCCUUUGACGAGGCUAAUCUUCAUUCGUCUAUGAAAGAUGUUGUCAGAUUAGCUAGGUAUUCUAUUCCUACGCCGGUUCAGAAAUAUUCUAUACCCAUUAUCACUGAAGGAAAAGAUCUUAUGGCUUGUGCUCAAACCGGUUCCGGUAAAACGGCGGCAUUCUUGAUUCCCAUUUUAUCUAAACUAUUUGGAAAGGCAAAAGGUCUCGCUGCACCCCGACCCCGACUGGAUGCACGCUUUUUCAAAGUCGAACCUUUAGUUCUAAUUCUUGGCCCUACACGAGAAUUAGUCACACAGAUAUUUGAUGAAUGUCGUCGAUUUACUUAUAGAACCAUGUUGAGACCUUGUGUUGUAUAUGGGGGCGGUGGAAUAAUAGAACAGAAGAAUGAGUUGGCCAAAGGUUGCGACGUAUUAUCGGCUACUCCAGGUCGCAUAAUCGAUUUUUUCGAAAGGGGUUUUAUUAGUCUUCGUCGGGUCAAGUACCUUGUUCUUGAUGAAGCUGAUCGGAUGUUGGAUUUGGGGUUUGAGACUGUUGUCAGGAAUAUCGUAGAAAAUACAGAUUUAUGUAAUGACGGAACUAGACAAACCCUUAUGUAUUCUGCCACAUUCCCAAAGCCUAUCCGCAAGCUUGCUAAAGAUUUUUUAGCAAAUGAUUAUGUAUUUUUAACAGUUGGUCGAGUUGGUGGCACUACAAGCGAUAUCACCCAAAAGGUGAUAUAUGUUAAAGAACAAAAUAAACGCGAUUGUCUUGUCGAAUUAUUGUUAAAACAGCCGCCAUCCAGAACACUUAUAUUUGUUGAGACAAAGCGUGGAGCGGACUCGCUUGACAACUUUCUAUACAACAGAGAUUUUCCAACUACCAGUAUUCAUGGGGAUCGUUCACAAAUAGAAAGAGAAGAUGCGAGUGGACGAUCCCCCAUAUUAAUUGCCACCGACGUGGCAGCUCGAGGACUUGACAUCAAAGAUGUAAUGCAUGUCGUUAAUUACGACCUUUGUAAUAACAUUGAUGAUUACGUUCAUC